AUGCUGAUGUCGCUGCGUAUGUUCCAGAUCGUAGAGCCCGGCCCGCGAUCGCCAGGUGCGGCGGGCUGCGCCACCGUGGCGCUCAACGCCGCAGAGCUGCAGGUGCUUUCGAAGACGGGAGAGCUGGACAACAGCAGUGCCUUCGACCUGCAGGAGCAGCGUUGGGUCGGCAUGCUCUUGGUCACGCUCAAGAGAGCGUGCGAAGACCAAUCCAUGGAACGCGGGGUCAACAUCUCGUACAAUGUCUUGCUCGUUGCUCGAACAGGUGGCGUCCGAGCGGGGGAUCGGCAUCUUGCAGCCCACUCCGCGCUGCUGGAGGCAUGGAGAGGCCAGCCACGGCAUGUGGAGAGUGCACAGCAGCGUGGCAAUGUACAACAAGCACGGCAGGGUGGGCCUUCAGUUGCAACGGCUCCCCACAUCAGCUCGCGAAGCUCUCAAGAAUCGUGCGUGUCGCGCGGGGCGCACCUUCAGAGUGCUCUUCAGCAAGCUCUUCGACCCUCCCGCCAGUUCCGCCUCUUCCUCGAGCUGCUCGCCGGCACGGGUGCCUUGGCAGCCGCUAUGAAGAAGAAAGGGGUACCGGUACUCGCCUUCGAUGUCAGCCAAGGCCCUCACAUGGACCUGCUGAACGACGAUGUGUACUCUCGCCUCAGAGGUUGA